AAUAAAAAUGUUAUCAACGGUGUCAAAAGUUUUUAGAUGACUAAAAGACAUCUAUCAUCAGAUAACUACCCAAGUGGCUUGUUUACAACCAGCAAGGCAUGAUGGGAGCGUGACGCAAUUAGCUGUGCAUAAGUCAUCUGAUAGAGAUCUAGACCAUGAUAUGCAGUAGACUCUAUGAACUGACAUCAAUCAGAUACCUAUUGCAUAUCUACAGCUGUGAGGUUUGACCUAGCCAUGAUUUAGAAAUCUAGUAGAUGCAUCUGAACAAAACACUCUCUAUUUUUUACUUUUCUCAUCACUCUCGGUUGUUCUUGUUGCUUUACUUUCUCACAGGCUCGAACAGCACCAUCCAACAGUUUGUCAACAGCCAGUAAAAACUCUCGUUUGUUCCCAUAAUGAAGGUAAUCAGGUGGUUUUUCUCAAACCCCAGUCUGAUCAAAACCGAAAAGAAAAAAAAACGCUCUCAGUGAUUCGAUUUUCAGAAGGUGAUGAUUCGCCUCUCGAACCAAAAGAUCGAGAAAGUGAGAUGGAGGGGGGCGGCGGGAAACGAAACUGUGAGAAAACAAACCCACUCAACUUCGGAGAGGUCCUCAAGAGGGGCCAAAACCGCCAGGCGGGAGCAUCUGCUCAUGCGGAGACGAGGCCAGAACACUCAGAUCAAUACUUUAGAGGUUAUUCGUUGAAAACAUUCAUCACAAGAUGAGCUUGCAUGUUUUCAAUGCGUCUCGGUUGGCAUGACUUUCUUUGAGUGUGGUCAAUAACAUGACUUUUUCUUCCUGUGAAUUUCCCUUUUUUCCUAAAAUUUACAAAAUACUGCCUCUACUUCCUGUUUUUUAUUUUUACUUUUUUUGCAAUUUUACCCUCAAGAUCUGCCUCAUGACCACCUGUUUACUUCAGCAGCAUCACGCAAAAACAAUAUAACAUUUUUCUCACAAAGACUCAGGAAACAUCUGUUGAAUAACUUUAUUGUUCUGCUAUAAAAAAAGACCUCACAACUUCUGUUUUCUGGCUCUAUUUUAGGCUUUAAUCACAGCUAUGGUUUUCAGCUUCAUUUGUCAAUCAUCUGGGGCUUUCAGCUCGUUGGAGCCGGUAAAAUACUCAUUGAAAGUCCCUUCAGUUCCAUGCAGAUGGUUGUGGUUUGGUAGCUAAUCAGUACUUUGAAACAAUCAAAAAGGUUUGGUUCCAGUUUAGAGCUCAAUACUAACUGUUCAGAUACAAAAAAAAACUUUGUUGGAGACUAUUUUGCCUCUGACACACAGAAGACGUGCUUGAUGGCCACACGUGACUUUGUGGUUGAAGGGGAACUGUAUAAGUUGGUGAAGGUGCUCCGAAUGAGACAAAGGAAACCGCUUCAUGACUGCAAGGUCGCUCCUCAGAAAAAGCUCAUUCACAGACAAAGAUGGAUACGUCAACAACCAUGAUGUCAACACUGGAAUCUUUAUUUGAAAGUGAAACCACCAUUGGUGACUACGAUUACAGCGAAGAAACGGGCAUGUGCCGGAAGAGCUGGGUCAGGGAGUUUCGGGGCCACUACGAGCCCCCUUUGUUCUGGAUCAUCUUCAUCCUGGGUGCAGUGGGUAACAUGAUGGUGGUCUGGAUUUACAAAACCGUGCGCAAUCGCCUGAAGACGAUGACCGACGUGUACCUGCUGAACCUGGCCGUGGCCGACCUCCUCUUCCUCUGCACGCUGCCGUUUUGGGCGGUCGAUGCCACAAAGGGCUGGCACUUCGGCCUCCCUCUGUGUAAAAUAGUAUCUGCUGUCUAUAAGAUCAACUUCUUCAGCAGCAUGCUCCUCCUCACCUGCAUUAGCAUAGACCGAUACAUCGCCAUCGUACAGGUCACCAAAGCUCAGAACCUGAAGAAGAAGAGGCUGUUUUAUAGCAAGCUGGCAUGCCUCGGCGUCUGGCUGUUCUCCACUCUGAUGGCCCUCCCCGAGUUCAUCUUUGCUCAGGUGAAGACGGAUGGAAACCUGUCCAAUUGUGUGCUGGUCUAUUGGGAGGACACCUUCAACCGCACCAAGAUCCUGGUGCUGUCCCUGCAGAUCUGCAUGGGUUUCUGCUUCCCCCUUCUGAUCAUGUUCUCCUGCUACUCCGUCAUCAUCCGCAACCUCCUGCAGGCCAAGAACUUUGAAAAACACAAGGCCCUGCGCGUCAUCUUCGCCGUGGUGUUUGUGUUCAUCCUCUCCCAGCUGCCCCACAACGCCCUGCUGAUCAUGGAGGCCGUGCAGGCCGCCAACACCACCAUCACGGACUGCGACACCGUCACCCGUUUCGACAUUGCCGGGCAGGUGGCGAAGAGCCUGGCGUUCACCCACGCCUGCCUCAACCCGUUUCUCUACGUCUUCAUCGGAGUUCGGUUCCGGCAAGACCUGUUCAAGAUCAUUAAAGGGUGUGCCGGCGGUUUGGGCAAAAGUGGGAUCAGUAAGCCGCCGGUUCAGUCACGGCCGUCUGCCAUGUCAGACACGGAUACCACUCCGGCUCUUUCCAUUUAGAGCAGGGGUCUCGAACUCAAUUUACCUUGGGGCCACUGAAGGCGGAGUCUACAGGGUUCCAUUUGUGCCAAAAAUCUGUCUAUAUCUUUGGUCCAUUGUCUAUGUCGGGUCGGCAACC